AAAAAAAACCAGCUUUCUUCAAUGGCUUCCUGCUGCAAUCCUGAUAUUUUCACCUGGCUUCAAAACCUUCCUCCAAUUCAUCAAUGGAGAACAAAUUCAGUGUCUAUUUGCAUAUGUUCUUCAUCGACGUCAUUCCAUCCAUCACUCAACCUCUCCGUGACCAAAAACACGGAGAACUCGGCGUUUUCCGUCUCUGUUUUAGCCGAUUUCAAUCUCCCCAUUCCUCUUUGGGCUUCGAAAUCAUUGAAAAUGAACUCUAAAACGUCGAAACCAUUCGAAGAAGAAACCAUUUCUUGCCUUGUAAUCAAUGUAAUCAAAGACGUUCUUAACUACGGUUCUAACAUGAACAAGUACCCCACGAUUCAAAUCCCGAAACUCAACUCAAUCUCGGGAUUCAAACACGUCUUCAAUCUCGCGUUUCUAACGCUUGCGCUCAUGAUUUGUAUCUAUGAAGCCCCGGCCGAUCUCCGGUCGGCUUGUCUUGAUAGUUUGAAGAAUCAAUUAACGAGUUGUCAAUUGAGGGCGGCUUCGAAAUCUUUGAUGAGGUUGUUGGGAUCAAACUUGGAGGAGCAAUGGAUGCGGUCUGUGAACCUUGCAAUUACUAAUUGGAUCGCCGAGUUUCGAGUGACUAACCGCGGCAGGCUGACGAUGAAGACGCCGUCUCCUUUGUAUGCGUAUGCCAUUUCGAGGUUCGGAUUAUGGAAAGUUCAACUGUAUUGCCCUAUGAUAGCCAUGGAUUUGGUGAAUUCGAGCAACCCUUGCGCUGACGAGAGGCUCCUUUUCUCACUUAAUUAUCACCAGCUUGAAGGGGUUACUCAAUUCAAUUAUAGGGUCAUUGUGCAAGAAAAAUGGAUCGAUGUGAUGGUGAACAUAGACAACAUAAGAUGUGAUGUAAUCCGGAUUGUAAACGAGACUCUAAUGAACGAACGAGGAGUUGGGGUAGACGACAAGCAUUUUCCGUCGCGAGUAUCACUGCAGUUAACCCCGACGAUCCAGUCCAACAUAAUAAGUGUCUCGGUAAGCAAGUCGUCGGACAACCCGACGAGAGAAAUAGGAACAGAGAGAACCGUGGAGACCUCAUUUGAUCCUCCAAACUCUUUCUUGGGGCUGAAGGUAUCCGCCGGCGAGACCAUGACGAUGAGCAUGAAACCAUGGAAGUUUGAGCAAUCCGUUAAGGGCUACAGCGGGACGCUGAAUUGGUUCCUCCACGACUAUGUCGACGGCAGGGAAGUGGUGUCAUCGAGACCAUCCAAGUUCGCGUUGAUUAACCCCAAGGCGUGGUUCAAAGAUCGGUACUCGAGCGUUUACCGGCCUUUCACUAAGCAAGGAGGGGUGAUCUUUGCAGGGGAUGAGUAUGGGGAAAGAAUUUGGUGGAAAGUUGAUAGGAGUGCUUUGGGGAAGACGAUGGAAUGGGAAAUUAGAGGAUGGAUUUGGGUAACAUAUUGGCCUAAUAAACACAGAACGUUUUAUACUGAAACUAGGAGGCUUGAAUUUAGAGAAAUCCUUCAUCUCAACAUUUGUUAGCCAACUAUAAUAUAAAAUUUAAUUUAAUUAUAAGUAAUACAUAACGAUUUUGAGAUUCGAAUCUCAA